GAUUCUAGCACUGUAAAUAAGAGAAUUUAGGUUGGGAACAUCUGAGAGUAUCAGUGUUGUGGUUCUGAAUGUCUAUGGCAUGCUUAAACAUGUACAACAAUGACCAAUCUAUGGACCCAAGAAUCUCUUUCUCAAAUGAUUUUGCAGAUGCCCAACAAGCUGCUAAGCAAGAGAACAAGUAUAGGGAAGCACCAGUUUCUGCAGAUUUUGAGUUCUCAGUGAGGAACUACAGCAUGACUCCUGCAGAUGAGAUUUUCUUCAAGGGAAUGUUGGUGCCUUCGAAGGAUAAUUCUGGGAGGAAGAUGACUUUGAGAGAGGAAUUGCUGGUUGAUGAUGAUGAUGAGUACAAGGAUGCUUUGCCAAGAGUGCCAAAGAUUUCUGGGUGGUGGACAGAGAGGUUGAGGCUGAAGAAGGGUCAAAUUGUGGCAAAAAAGGAAGAUAGAAAUGUUUUGGAGGAAGUAGUUGAAGAGCCAAGGCCUGCAUUUGUUAAUGACAAAAAGCCUAUCACUGUUGGCACAACAAUUCAGGAAUUGUUACUUGAAGGAGGGUUGCAUAGUGCGAAGACUGGAAUAUGAUUCCAGGGAGGAUGAUGACAAGCCAAGAGGGAUUCAUUCUAUGGGGAAAAAAAGUGUCAUUUCACGGGGAAGGACAAUAGAGAGCUCCUUCUGCAGAAUAGUUUUUGCUUUUGUCAUCAACUUCUGCUAUAUUUUUUCUACUAUAGCUUUUAUUAUUUUCAGUCAAUUCUGAAGUAGAGAAGAAGCUAUUACCUGUUUUUGUUCUGUACAAAUGUUUGCAAAUUAAGAACUUUCAUGUGUUAGAAGUUUUGAGCCUAAUGUAAUCUAUUUAUUAUUUUUUCUCAUAA